AAAAGUGAAUUUACACACAAGAGCACACAGGAUGCAAGCUGACGACGCGCAAUGGAUGGAAGCCGGCCAGCAGUGGGUCGAGUGGGACGUCAACGAAGGCACGAAGGCCGAGAUCCAGGCCCUCCUCGACACGGAAAACGUGGCUGCGCUGCGCCAGAAGCUCGAGAAGCGCCUCGAAUUUGGCACGGCCGGCCUCCGCGCCGCCAUGGGCUCGGGCACGGUGUGCAUGAACGACUUGGUCAUCAUCCAGACGAUGCAGGGUCUCUGCAAGUACCUCGAGACGACGUACGGUGCUGAGGAGGCGCAGGCCCGCGGUAUCGCGAUCGGCUACGACCACCGCAGCAGCGGUACGCUCAACUCGGAAAACUUUGCGCUCUACAGCGCCGCCGUCGCCGUCUCGCGCGGCUUCAAGGUGUACCUUUACAAGGGUUUUGUCGCGACGCCCCUCGUCCCCUUUGCCGUCGACCAGAAGCACUGCGUCGCUGGUAUCAUGGUCACGGCGUCGCACAACCCCAAGGCCGACAACGGCUACAAGGUCUACGGUGCCAACGGCAGCCAGAUCAUCCCGCCCCAUGACGAGCUCAUUGCUACGAGCAUUGUUGAGAACCUCGCGCCGUGGCAGUCGUACGACAUUGCCGCUGUCCGCGACCACGAGCUCUGUGUGGACCCGACCGAGGAGCUGAGCACGCUCUACUUUGAAGCUGUCGGUGCGCUCUCGCGCUACACAGCCGAGAACUCGGACGCCGACAUCCACGUCAAGGUCGCGUACACGGCCAUGCACGGUGUCGGCCACGCCUUCACGAGCCGCUCCUUUGCGGCCUUCAACCUCCCGGCGUACACGCCGGUCGAGGCGCAGCUGCUCCCGGACCCCGAGUUCCCGACGGUCGCGUUCCCCAACCCGGAAGAGGGCAAGGGCGCGCUCCAACUCAGCUUUGAGACCGCCGAGCGGGAGGGUUGCUCGCUCGUGUUGGCCAACGACCCGGACGCUGACCGCUUGGCCGUCGCCGAGCAGCUGCCGUCGGGUCAGUGGUACGUCUACACGGGCAACGAGAUCGGGACGCUUCUCGGCCACUGGGAGUACACGCAGCACAUGCUCGCGCACCCGGACGCGGACAAGGACAAUUUGUACGUCAUCGCGUCGACAGUCUCGUCCAAGAUGCUCCGUGCGGUCGCGCGCAAGGAAGGCUUUCACUUUGUCGAGACGCUCACGGGCUUCAAAUGGAUGGGCAACGCCACGAGCGAUCUCCGCGCGCAGGGCAAGACCGUCCUCUUCUCGUUCGAAGAAGCCAUCGGGUUCUGCGUCGGGUCCGUCGUCAAGGACAAGGACGGCGUCUGCGCCGCGGCCGUCUUUGCCGAAAUGGCCCAGCAGCUCAAGAAGCAGGGCAAGUCGGUCCACGCCCACUUGCAAGAGCUGUACGCGACGUACGGCCCGUAUGUGACGCAGAACCACUACGUCAAGUGCUACGAUGCGGCAACGAUCCGCAAGAUCUUUGCGCGUCUCCGCAACGACGGCAAGUACUGGCACGCGGUCGGCAAGUACCCGAUCGCGGGCAUCCGCGACCUCACGACGGGCUUUGACAGCGACCAGGACGACAACGUGGCGCUGCUCCCGGUCUCGUCCUCGAGCGAGAUGAUCACGUACUCGUUCAAGAACGGUGUCGUCGCAACGCUCCGCACGAGCGGGACGGAGCCCAAGCUCAAGUACUACUGCGAGUCGCCCGGCCGCCUCGGCAUGACCCGUGACGACGUCGCGGCCGAACUCGCCGCGCACGUCGAGUGCAUCGUCGAGGAGAUGCUCCAGCCGGAGCUCAACAACCUUGAGCGCCCUUAAACUACUACUAAUCUGUCUUGUUUGCAUUU